GUUAUCUCAGUUUUCGAAAAUUAGAAACUUGAUACUUUAUAUAAACUAAAGGAAAGACCUUGGAGUGUUCAUUAUCUUAUGCUUAUGAUUUAAAAGUCUGCCAAAUGCCUCUUUCACCGCGAAUUAUUGAAUAUGGUUUGAAAGCUGCUGGAGUCGCAACUGCCGUCUUGUGCAUCAGCUUGGGUGUAUUUUGUAUGGUCUCAAUAUCUGCACAAUGCAUCAUUGGUGGUCUCCUAUUGAUGUAGGUUUAUGUUCCUUUAGUAAUGACUUUGAAAUGUUCCAGGAGUAUGUUUUUAUAUGUGAAUUUGGGGGUAUUUAAGUGGCGUUGCACUGACAACUAUAUUGAGAAUGCACUUUGAUUUAUUUACUAUAAAUAUUUUUCACCGAUAUCACUAUGUAACAUAAUUUUUACAAUCCUGAAAUUUAAUUCUGCUUUACAGGUCCUCACUGGAAUAAAUUCUAAGAGACACUAUGGGCAAGGUUUUCUAAUCAUUCACUACUCCACGAAUAGGAUUGCAGGUUUUUUUUUAUUUACGGUGGUUUAUUUAUAGGUAAAAAACUUUCUAUUGAUGUUUCGAAACUUCUCAGAACAAAUAAAACCUUGUCUCAACUGCUUUAUUAAGUAUUGGGGUUAAGGACAGUGCCUUAGAUUUGUCAGUUACAUCUCAAAGGAUAAGUUUUGCCCAGUAGUUGUCAAAUGAGCAUUGGCACAGUUGUAUAGUGCAGUGGAUUUUUGGGGGAAUAUGCUCCAUUAAUAUCAUGAGUCUUUGUCAUAUAUAUGUAUAUAUAUGUAGUGUUCGUAAUUACUCUGUAAUUUCUGCACGUGAAGCUCUGAAUCAUAGAAUUGGUCGACGUCUCACAUGGUGUGUUUGAGCCAUCAGGUAUUACUGCAGUUUCUCCCCAUACUUGAUGUAUUCAUACUUGUUAUCAUUUAACUGUUGGUAGUUCUUUCCCACUGGUAUUUCCAAACGUAGGUAUUAUCCUGGCGAAGCAUGUGUAUAUGAUUUGUCUUAGUUUCUUUGGAACUUAUUAUUAUUAUUACUAUUUUUACUAUUAUAGAAUAAUUGGCAUAGUUGUUAUAAUACUAGAAGCACCUAUUUGUUGUUCCAUGAUUCCACAAUUGCACAAAUUCAAUGAGUUCAUUGAGAAACGUUCUCCUAUUGAAAAAUCAAUCUUUUACGGAAUUGCUGCUAUUUUACCCUUGAGCCUGUGCUUUGGUAUUUCCACACUGUUUUGUGGGCUAGCAUUGGGUGGAUGCUGUGCAUUUAAUAUUUGGAGAAUUAUCAAAGAAAGACGCAACAGGCAAGCCAAUCCAGAAGGUGUGGUUUCGGAACAUCAGACUCCAUAUGCUGCAGGUAAUCCGCAACCUGCAACGUUUCAGGGUGGAUACGCUGACCCACCAGGAUUCCGAGAUCAAUUAAUUGAAAAAGCUGCUACUGGAGCAGUAAGAGGUGUGAUUUCUGGCUCUGGUGGUGGUUAUCCAGGAACAGGUUAUUCUGGCACUUAGGUAUAUUAUCCUCAGUGAGAGUUUGAUAUGUUUUCUCUGUUCUAUUCCCUUCACAACCUAAUAGUUCUCUGUUCCUUUAAGUUGCUUUCGUUUUGUUUUACCAGGCGGUUUAAUUUCACUUUUCUCUUCUUUCCAUGUUAUUGGAUCCUUGGCUAAUUUUUUACUUGGUUUCUCAUCUCUCUCGUCGCAUUUACUGUGGUCUUUGAUUUACGUUAAGGCUGUCUGUAUUUAUUCGUCUCAGUUCUAUCUUAGUGUAUAACUCGCACAAAUGUUACUUUCAUGUCUUAUUUGAAAUUAUUGAUCUUCUUUCGUGUUACUAUUUAUAUUCCUUUUGGGGUUGAUGUGAAAUUAAAUAAUCCUGUGAUAUCUUUUGUCGAAAACUAAUGACUGCUGCGAAGUUGCUAAAAGGCGAACAGGUCGCUGUACGCCUGUUUCGUCCGAAGUAGUGUCUUCUCAACAGUCGUAGAUUAAAUCAUAAAGGAGGGAGUUAUGCAACUGACAAAGAGUUGUACAUUGCCAUGAAUUAACUAUGUUCAACGCACCUAGACUUGGAGUAGUUGUUUACCUUGAUGUUGUUUCGUGACUGCAACCAUUCACUAAACUCACUGUGAAUUUUGUAUCAACCAUAUUAUUUCAGA